CUGGGGUAUUUCCGUUUUGCUCCCACUGUUACUGGCUUGCUGGUUACUUGGUCUUUGUCCCGGGACCUGCUCCUAGCGGGAGCAGCAGGGCUGAAGGACGCAGAGAUGGAAAGUGACACGGUCCACUUCUGCACAGAUAACCAGCGUGUCUCCCUGCAUCCCCGAGAGGUGGAUUCUGAGACAGUGGCUCCAGCAGCCCCCAGGAUGUCAAGGCUUGUUGUGGCCACCCUGGCUGUGAUCCUGGUCUCCUCUCUUGUGGCUCUCUUUGUUGUGGCUCUCCAGUCCCGAAGCCCUGCACCGGGGGAUCAUCCUUCCUUCCAAGAGUUUAAAGCCAUGUUUCCGGGAGACAACACUACUGGCCAGUCACCUGUGGAGCCCCGCAAUCAUCAUUAUUUUGACAGCAUAGCAGGAAUGCAAGAGGUGAUCCAGAUGUUCAGAGGGCAUAUGGAAAAUUCCUACACUUGGCAUGAAGAGAUCCAGAUGUUGAAGUACAGAGUGGACAAUGUCAGUUCUCAGAUCCAGACACUUGGCAGUCAUCUGGGAGAUGCCAGGGCUGACAUCCAGAUGGUAAGAGGUGCUCUUAAGGCCGCCAAUACCUUGAGCUCGCAGACCCAGACAUUAAACAGCUCCAUGGAGAGGGCCAAUAGCGAGAUUGAGAGGCUGAAGGGAAGUCUACAAGAUGCAAAUGCUCUAAACACCCAGGCCCAGAUCUUUCUGCAGGGCAGUUUAGACAACACCAGUGCUGAGAUACAGGUGCUGAGAGGUCAUUUGGAAAGGGCAAAUGAUGACAGUUCCGUUUUAAAAAGAGAGUUGGAAACUGCCACUGCCCAGAUCCAAAUAGCAAGUGGCCAUCUGGAACAGACGGAUGCUCAGAUCCAAGAGCUAAAAUCAGAGCUGGAAAAUGCCAGUACUUUAAAUUUCCAGAUUCAGGUGUUAAAUGGUCAGUUGAAAAAUGCCAGCAGAGAGAUACAGACCCUAAAAGAAGGAAUGAAGGGUGCUGCAGCCUUAAGUUCCCAGACUCAGAUGUUAGAGAGCAAUUUGCAGAAGGCCAAGGCUGAGAUGCAGAAGUUAAAAGAGGAUUUGGAGAACACCAAGAAUCUAACUGCAAAAAUCCAGGAGGAGCAGAGUCGCCUGGGGAAGCUCUCUGCAACCACUGCUUCACAGGAGCAGCUACAGAGCACCCAAAAUCAACUACUCCAGCUGAUCCUGCAAGGCUGGAAAGCCUAUGAGGAAAACUUGUAUUACUUUUCUCACGUCAAGAAGUCUUGGCAUGAGGCUGAGCGGUCCUGUGUGUCCAAGGGAGCCCACCUGGCAUCGGUGACCUCUCAGGAAGAGCAGGCAUUCCUGGUACAGUUCACAAGUAACUCCUACCACUGGAUUGGCCUCACUGACAUGGGCAUGGAGGGCACCUGGCGCUGGGUAGAUGGGACACAGUUCAAUAAUGCUGGGAGCAAGGUGUUUUGGGACAGAAAUCAGCCAGACAACUGGAGGCACAAGAAUGGGCAGACUGAAGACUGCGUCCAUCUUCGCAGCUUGUGGAAUGACAUGAACUGCAAUAGCCCCUAUCACUGGGUCUGCAAGAAGCCCAUGGGCCAGCAGGUGGCAGGCUAGAGCUGAGGGAGCGUCCCAGCUGCUGUGGCACCUGAAGGGCCUCUGAAUUCAGUCUGUUCCCUAGGUCUUCCUUUGGCCUUUGUGUUUCCUGCCAUGUCCUUUCACUUAAGCCUUUCUAGCUUGGUUACGUCAUGAGAUCCAGCAGGAUCAAUGGCUCCUCAAAGGGAGAGCCUUGAUGUACCUUUGUAUUCCCUCAGUCACCAGCCUAAGCUGCCAAUAAAGACUCCCUGAAUGAAUGGAA